CUCAGGUUGGUUCAGCCCCCGUCUACUCUGGGGUGGUGCUUAGCCGGCGCCAGACCGACCCUCGACUUCGUAGAGGCAGUGCAGUACCGCUGGGAGCUCCGGCGUCGGCUUCAGCUCCCUCUGGCUCCUCGGAGACCGCAGAUCCUGGUAUAUGCCACACCUGUGACCCCGCUCGAGAUAUGUCCACCCCGGCCCGGCGGCGUCUCAUGAGGGACUUCAAGAGGUUACAGGAGGAUCCUCCGGCCGGAGUGAGUGGGGCUCCGUCAGAGAACAACAUAAUGGUUUGGAACGCGGUCAUUUUUGGGCCUGAAGGGACCCCGUUUGAGGAUGGAACAUUUAAACUUACAAUUGAGUUCACUGAAGAAUAUCCGAAUAAACCACCUACUGUUAGAUUUGUCUCCAAGAUGUUCCAUCCUAAUGUCUAUGCAGAUGGUAGUAUAUGUCUGGAUAUUCUUCAGAACCGCUGGAGUCCAACCUAUGAUGUGUCUUCCAUUUUAACAUCCAUACAGUCUCUAUUGGAUGAGCCUAAUCCCAAUAGUCCAGCAAACAGCCAGGCUGCUCAGCUGUACCAAGAGAACAAACGGGAAUAUGAAAAGCGUGUUUCUGCAAUAGUAGAACAAAGUUGGCGUGACUGUUGACCCAGGGUGGAGAAAAGAAGAGGCUGGCCAUAAGAAAAUAUAUAUCAAUGCAUUUACCAUCUUCUUCCUAAUUCCUUGCAUUUACUUUAUUAAAAACAAAAUAGCUGUUGUGCUGUUUGUCUUCCCUUGCCAAGUUUUUCUUCUCCUUCCUGCCCUCCCGCCCGGCAUCAAAGACGCCGUUUGAAAUCCAAUAUACUGUACCUGGGUUACUUGCGAAUGUUACUACUUGCUUUUGUUCUUUGUUGUUUCUCAUCUCCAGCCUCCAAGCAGUCAUCAUGUUACUGUACUUUACAUUAAGCUUUUAAGAUAAAUUGUUAGGCAUUCUUCUGCACAGCCUUGUGACCAGGAUCUUUUUUUUCUUAUUUUGUUUUUGAGACAGGGUCUCCCUGUAGCUCCAGCUGGCAUGGAACUCACUAUGCAAAUCACAAUGGCCUCGAUCUCAUAGAGAUUGGCCUGCCUCUGCCUCCCUAGUGCUGGGAUUAAAGGCAUGUGCCAUUCAUGCCCAGCCAGGAUCUUAUGUUAAUACUAUUUUUUCAGUGUUUUAUCCUGGCUGGUCCUUCCCUUGUGUUGGAUUUGGAAGUGAAUAUCCUUAGGAUGUAUACAUAUAUAUAUUUUCUCCUAAACAGAAACAUCCUCCAUAUCAACACUUUUGAAAGGGAAAGGAAAGCUAAAAAUCCUUUGCUCAUUUCUAAGCAAUGUGAAUUACAAAAUGGCAUUGAUUGGUAGCAAGGAAACUGCUGAAGGAGUCAAAGAGUAAAGCAAUUUCAGUAAUUGACAUAUCCACUCUGUCCUAUUCAAAGGACAAAACUCUUGCAAACCCAUUAUGUUUCAGAAUCCUGGUCGUUAAGAGUUUUUGCUCUUUAAAGAGAUGUGCAAACAGGAAUAGAAGCAACACUUUUUGAGCUAGGAAGAGAGGAAGAUCUCCAAUCCUUUUAAAGGAACAGUGUUGCCCUAGAUAAACUUAAUACAAUUUUCCAUCUUUUUAUUAUUCAAGGAAGGGAGCCUAUCUCUUGCAAACUUUUCCCAUUCUGACUUAUUGCUGCAUGCUUUAGUUUCUUCCCUUUCAGUGUUUUGAGAGGCUUAAAGCCCACAUCUGCAAGUUUCCUUUGGAUAUUUACACUUUUAGAUAUACAGUAUGGAGCAAGGCCUGUAAAUGUUUUGUCUAAUAUCUCAUUGUUAACCUUUUAUGAAUUUAUUGCUCUUCUAAGUCUAACUUUGCACAAGUAACCCAUGUAAAAAACUGUACAUUUUCAAAAGUUGUAAAUAAAAAUAACCUUAAAAUUUA